AUGCUCGGUUCUCUUGUUGUUCUGGUCCUCGCCAGCCUCUCUGUCGCUUCUCCUGUUCUUGAGAAGCGAGCUAUUACAUGUCUCCGUGUAGGCCAGACCGCCACAGCCUCUUGGACCAACGCUGCUGGCAAGAAAUGUACUUUCACUGGCGUCGUCGGCAGCAACUUUGGAGCCAACCCUUCCGGAUCAGGAGAUUACUCAUGUAACGGACGAUGUGGUGCCGGCUGCAGUGGAGCGGCUCUGGGCAAUGCCUACACUCAGGACUGCUUUUCUCAUGAUAUUUGCUCUUACUUCAACAGUGCCAGUGGAGGCUCUGGUGACCCGAACUGUGGAGCUGCCUUCAACGCGGCUGUUGAUGAUACUGCGUUUGGCCUUGCGAACGGCUGCUCUCAAUCUAAUCCCAGCAAUGGAGUUGCGAAGCCCAACAGUGUACCUGUCUGUCGAUAG